ACAACGCCACCAAGGUCACCGUCGAGUUGUACAUCAGGAGUUUUGGGUCCAUCAGCCCUGUCACCAUGGAUUAUGAGGUGGACCUCUACCUGCGGCAGAAGUGGCAAGACGAACGCUUCAAGCACCCCAACAUCACCGAGGCGCUUGACCUUAACGACCCGAACCUGGUCAAGGCCAUCUGGAAACCCGAGGUUUACUUCCCUAACGCCAAGCAUGCCGAGUUCCAGUUCGUGACCGUGCCCAACGUCCUCGUGCGGAUCAACCCGGACGCGGAGAUCCUCUACAUGCUCAGACUCAAGCUUACCUUCUCCUGCAUGAUGGACCUUGCUAAGUUCCCCCUCGAUAGCCAGGUGUGCACCAUGGAGGUGGCGAGCUUUUCCAAGACCAUCGAGGAACUUCGGCUGGAGUGGAAGUCUUGGAAGCCCGUCCACCUCGGGGGAGGCCUUCGGAUGCCGCAGUUCGAGAUUGUCAAGAUUGAGGCCAGCGAUUGCCAAGAGUCGUUCCAAAUAG